UUUUUUUACAGAUUGGAUGUACAAUCGCUCACAGACGUUUCUGCCCUCCGGCCUCUCUGUGUUUGUGAGACCUCACGUCCUGUCCUCUGCGAGCCCUGACUCGUCUUAUUAGGCACUUUGACCGGGCCGUGUGGUCGUGUGUGCCUGAAAAUUUAUGCUGCUAGCUUAAUGUUACAUGUUGAUAUUGUCAAAAAACAGCUGGAUGCUACCCGGCUAGCGAGCGCUAGCAGAGCAGCCUCUGCGGGGAUCGAGUCGGCGAAACAGUACUGGGAGGAUGGGUCGCUGCCUGUGAUCAGAGAGGAUGAGGAGUCGCAGUAACUCAGGAGUGCGGCUGGACGGCUAUGCCCGGCUGGUCCAGGAGACUAUCCUGUGCCAUCAGAACCCAGUGACAGGACUUCUUCCUGCCAGUGCGCAGAAGAAGGACGCCUGGGUGAGGGAUAAUGUCUACAGUGUCCUGGCGGUGUGGGGGCUGGGUAUGGCCUACCGGAAGAAUGCAGACCGCGAUGAAGACAAGGCCAAAGCUUACGAACUGGAGCAGAGUGUCGUGAAACUGAUGCAGGGGCUUCUGCAGUGCAUGAUGAGACAGGUGGCCAAGGUGGAGAAGUUCAAACACACCCAGAGUACAAAGGAUUGCUUGCAUGCCAAAUAUGAUACUCCCACUUGUGCCACAGUGGUCAGGGAUGAUCAGUGGGGUCAUCUCCAGGUGGACGCCACCUCGAUUUACCUGCUGAUGCUGGCACAGAUGACAGCCUCAGGUCUUCGUAUCAUUUCCAACCUGGACGAGGUAGCCUUCGUCCAAAACUUGGUCUUCUACAUAGAGGCUGCCUACAAAGUAGCGGACUAUGGAAUGUGGGAACGAGGUGACAAGACUAACCAGGGCAUUCCUGAGCUCAAUGCCAGCUCUGUAGGAAUGGCUAAGGCAGCGCUUGAGGCUAUAGAUGAGCUGGAUCUGUUUGGUGCUCACGGAGUCAAGUCAGUCAUCCAUGUGUUGCCUGAUGAAGUCGAACACUGUCAGUCUAUUCUGUGCUCCAUGCUGCCAAGAGCUUCAACUUCAAAGGAAAUAGAUGCUGGUCUUCUGUCCAUCACUUCUUUCCCUGCGUUUGCUGUGGAGGAUGCUGACCUGGUGGCUGUGACGAAGUCAGAGAUCAUAAGCAAACUGCAGGGUCGCUAUGGCUGCUGUCGCUUUAUCAGGGACGGAUAUCGUUGUCCCAAAGAGGAUCCAUCUCGGCUGCAUUAUGAUCCUGCUGAGCUGAAGCUAUUUGAGAAUAUCGAGUGUGAGUGGCCUGUGUUUUGGACUUACCUCAUCCUGGAUGGUAUUUUUGCUGGUGAUCAAGUUCAGGUGCAAGAGUACCGUGAAGCACGAGGUGUUUUAAUCAGAGGGAAGAAUGGCAUUAAGUUGGUGCCUGAACUUUAUUCUGUUCCUCCUGACAAGGUUGAGGAGGAGUAUAGCAAUCCUCACUCAGUAGACAGGGUAGCCAUGGGCCAGCUGCCACACAUGUGGGGACAGUCACUCUACAUCUUGGGGUCCCUUGUGGCUGAGGGUUUUUUAGCACCAGGAGAGAUAGAUCCGCUCAACAGGAGAUUCUCUACAAGCUUCAAACCAGAUGUGGUGGUACAAGUUUGUGUUCUAGCAGAGUCGGAGGAGAUCCAGGAGUUGUUAAGAGAUCUGGGGAUCGAGGUACAGACGAUGGCAGAAGUUCUGCCCAUCAGGGUCAUGCCAGCUCGCAUCCUGAGCCAUGUCUAUGUUAGACUGGGGAACAGCAAGAAGCUGAAUCUGAGUGGGCGGCCGUACAGACACAUUGGUGUCCUGGGAACAUCCAAAUUCUACGAGAUCCGAAAUCGCUCUUACAUAUUCACCCCUCAGUUUCUGGAUCAGCACCAUUUCUAUCUGGCUCUGGACAACCAGAUGAUUGUGGAGAUGUUACGGACCGAGCUGGCCUAUCUCUCUUGUUGCUGGAGGAUGACAGGACGUCCCACGCUCACAUUCCCAAUCACCCGUAGCAUGCUGGAUGAGGAUGGAGAAACAAUUGAUUCAUGUAUCCUAUCAACUCUAAGGAAACUGCAGGAUGGCUAUUUUGCUGGAGCGAGGGUGCAGAUGUCAGACGUCUCCAGUGUCCAGACCACUUCGUUUCACACUCGUCUCAGCUUCCUGGAUGAAGAGAAUGAUGACAUAUUACUUGAGGAUGAAGGCGAUGAUGGAUAUGGAGAGGAGUAUAAUACCUGUGGUCCCUCGGAGGACUCAAAAGAUGUAUUUGACCAGUACCUCACCCAGCUCCUUCACAGCACCACCACCAAGUGCCAUCUUCCUCCCAUCCAGAGGGGCAGCACCACGUCUUCAGUCCCAGAACAUACCACAAGAGACAUCCUGUCUUUUAUGGCGCAGGUCCAGGGCCUGAACGUUCCCAAGUCUUCCAUGUAUCUGCCUGUGACUCCGGUCAAGAGCAAACAUCGCAAAUCUCUCAACCUUCUUGAUGUUCCUCAUCCUCAGCACGGCCCACAGGCGAAACAGCACAAGCCACACUCUGCUGCUGAUCUUCACCUGCCUCGAGACUCUCAGGGCAACACAGACUUUGCAGCGUUGGUCAGGCAGCUAAAAGAAUGCCCCACUCUUCAGGACCAGGCUGACAUCCUCUACAUUCUCUAUGUGAUGAAAGGAGCUGAUUGGCUGGUGGAGUUGUCAGGUCCUGGGCAGGGUGGGGUCAGCGUGCGAUCACUGUUGGAGGAGCUGUACGUAGAAGCCGGAGCCUGCAAAGAGUGGGGGCUCAUUAGGUACAUCUCUGGAAUACUGCGCAAGAGGGUGGAGGUCCUCGCUGAGGCCUGCACAGAUCUGAUUUCCCAUCACAAGCAGCUGACUGUAGGUCUACCUCCUCAACCCAGGGAAAGAGUGAUCACAGUCCCUCUUCCUCCGGAUGAGUUAAACAGCCUCAUCUACGAAGCCAGUGGUCAGGACAUAAGUGUAGCAGUGCUCACUCAGGAAAUUAUGGUGUAUCUAGCCAUGUAUGUGCGCUCCCAGCCCGCUCUGUUCGGGGACAUGCUCAGACUCAGGAUAGGACUCAUCAUGCAAGUGAUGGCCACUGAGUUAGCUCGUAGCCUGCACUGUUCUGGGGAGGAGGCGUCAGAGAGUUUGAUGAGCCUGAGUCCAUUUGGCAUGAAGAACCUACUGCAUCACAUCCUCAGUGGCAAAGAAUUUGGGGUGGAGAGAAGCAUGCGCCCAAUCCAGUCUACAGCCACUAGCCCUGCGAUAUCCAUCCAUGAACUAGGUCACACGGGAGCUACAAAGACUGAACGCACAGGAAUACACAAGCUAAAGAGUGAGAUAAAACAGCGUUGCAGCAGCCCUUCCACUCCCAGUGGAAUGCUCCCCGUGAGCACUUGUCCAGGAGACGGUCAGCUGCACUGGGAGGAGAGGCAAGGUCAGUGGCUGAGGAGACGCAGGCUAGAUGGUGCCAUCAACAGAGUACCUAUGGGUUUCUACCAAAAGGUGUGGAAGAUCCUGCAGAAGUGCCACGGUCUGUCCAUCGACGGAUACGUGUUGCCCUCUUCUACCACAAGAGAGAUGACAGCAGGAGAGAUUAAGUUUGCAGUGCAGGUUGAAUCUGUGCUGAACCACGUCCCACAGCCAGAGUACCGGCAGCUGCUAGUGGAGACUGUGAUGGUUGUGGGCCUGAUAGCGGACGUAGACGUGGACAACAUCGGCGGCAUCAUCCACGUGGACCGCGUGUUGCAUUUGGCCAAUGACCUUUUCCUCAGUGACCAGAAAUCCCACGGCGCCAGUGAGUAUUUCCUUGAGAAGGACCCAGCAACCGGAAUCUGCAACUUUUUCUACGACAGCGCUCCUAGUGGUAGCUAUGGCACCAUGACCUAUCUCUCCAAAGCGGCAGUCACUUACGUCCAGGACUUCCUGCCAAGUUCCAGCUGCCUGAUGCAGUGAAUAGGCAGACUGGUGUGUUUUACCAACAGACUCUAUAAAUACCGAAGAGGCAUGUUUCAUAAAACUAACUUCCCGUUAUCACCUCAUACUGUUCAUGCGGUGCUUGUAAGUAUACUCUUUAAUAAACUGUGUAGCACUCAUAUAACUGAUCUAACAUCAUAGCCUUAGCUGCCAGUGCAGACCUCUGUAUUUCAGUUUAUUUAGUCUUUGUGAGUCUAGACUGUAAACCUAUUUAUUUUGUGAACGUGCUGCUCAGACGUAUGUUUAUGACACUUACAAUCUUACUCUGUUGUCUGUCUUGUAAUUUAUCGUAUGUUACAGUUGUAUUCAGGCCCAGCAUUUACCAGAGGAAAGAUUUUGAUCAUAUGUGCACACUUAUUCCUCAUAAAUCAAAUCCAUUUCUGCUGUUAUUAUUUAUUUUUAUUUAGUAACAUUGUAAUUCAUUGUUCUGCUGUAAUUAAUGAGAUAAUUCCCCAGAUAUGUGGGAAAAAGGAGUAAAAUUUACAACUUGUGCCCUCAGAUUAGCUUUUCACUCACACAUGACCACAUUCAUAACAACACAUGUAUUUAUUUUUAAAUGUGAUAGUUUCCAUGUUCUUUAUUAUUUUGUUUUCAUGGCAGCCAAUCGUGUUUUAGUACUAACAAUACUCUGUUUGGGAACAGUUUUUUUUUUUUAAUCUGUGUUGUGUGUAUAAAGAGUAAAAAUCUGUGUAUUUCUGCAAAUCUCCAGGGUUAUGCUACUGAUAUGUCUGGUCAACUUUACCUCAUCAUAUACUAAAGGUUUGUUCAUUUAGCAUGAAAUAAAGAAAGAAAAAAAGC